AAAAAAUAACAAAUGUCUCAAUUUCCGCCAAUAUCAAGAAAACAAAUCGUUGAAAAAAAUAUAUUUAUUAUGUUUCUGUAACCCUAUUGAUUUAUAUAAAUCAUAUGGUGAUAAAUGGUUACCAAAGAACGUAUGAUUUUAGAUACCGGUCAGGUAUCUGGUGAUGACAUCGUAUAGAAAAUGUCAGAAAAUGAAACGGCUGAUAUAAUACUGAUACCACAAGAUGUAGACAGAGAUUAUAAUGAUUUAAUUGUACUAGGUCUAGAUGAAGAUAAUGAUGAUAAUCCUAUAGAAAUAGAUUCAGAUACAGGUACAGAUAGUGAUAUACUUUUCUCGGAAGGUACUGAUGAAGAUGUUGAGGUUGAGAUUAUUCGCCCCCCUAAUCCAGUACCGGUACCUCAACACUUGAUCAACUAUGAAAAUGAAAUUGAAAAUAAUGAUGCUGUACCAUCACUUCCUGUGUUCCCACACUUCAUCAACCAUGAAAUUGAAAAUAAUGACACUGUACCACCUCUUCCUGUGUUCCCACCAGGAUUGGCCUUACCCACAGCCCCGGGUACGUCAGAGACAGACACAAAUAGCCAUAAUUCAGGGGAUAAUUUAAAUGUGGUUACCAUUCCUACCCCUCGAAUUGAUCAUAAUAUAAGAGCUACCUCAGUUCAAGACACAGUUCUUCCAAUACCUAGUGUUGUUGAUGAUAAUAUACUAACAACUAAUGAUAGUCCAGUUUCGGAAAUCCAAUCUUUACCUCAACCUCAAGAAGUGGAGGUGGGACCUGUAAAUAUAGAUAAUGUUCUACCAGUGGCAUCGACUAGCGGUGCCUCAAGAACCAUUCCUCAUUCCACAUCAAUCGGUGCUCAAUUGUCUCCCCUUCCGGCCUCUAUUGCUACUGCCACACCCAGACCUGUGAUAAAUAGCCCUUCAAGAUCCCCAGCCCAGUCUCGUGAAGUGAGAGUAUUAAUCGAUCAGAAUCAAUCCAUUGAUGAGUUUAGAUCACCUAAAAAACGAAAAUUGAUGUCCCCGGUGAGGAAGAAGUCACCCGAGAAAGAGGAAUCUGAUGAUGAGGGUAACACUUGUCCUAUUUGUUUUGAAUUGUGGACAACAUCUGGUAUUCAUCGAUUGAUAUCACUGAAAUGUGGUCAUUUGUUUGGUCAGAGUUGUAUCCAGAAAUGGUUAAAAGGUCAAGGUGGUAAAUGUCCACAGUGUAAUGCCAAAGCGAAACGUCAAGAUAUUCGACUGGUUUAUGCGAAGUCUAUACGAGCAUUAGACACUAGUGAAAGGGAUAGAGCAUUACAAGAACUGGCAGCAGAAAAAGAAGCCAAACGGAAAACUGAAUUAGAAGCAGCUCAGAUCCGAUUAAAAUAUCAUCAAACAUUGGAAGAAUGUAAGACAUUACGUAUUGAACAGGACAGAUUAAGAAGAGAAAUGGCAUUAAUGAGAUCUCAGUCUAAUUCUGGUAGUAACACUAGUUUCUCCCUGACUCAACCUUCAACAAGUGCACAUGUACAAUCUGUGUGUAAAUGUGAGUUUAUACAUGAUCGAGUAAUAAACAUAUCUGAUGUUGGUAAAUGUCGAGUUCUUGCCUUUAGUUCAUCAUUAGCUGCUCUGUUAGUUAGUCAGCCAUCUGCUAGUCAACUCUUUAAAGGUUUUGGUAUUAAAAAGAUCAGUACAAUUGAUUUUAAAACAUCCCAGUAUUUAACAAUACAUUCUAAAGUUAUAAGAGAUAUAUGUUUUCACCCGGUAUAUGAUGAUGGUAUUUUACUCAGUUGUGGUAUGGAUAAAUGUAUUAAAAUGACCAGUAUAAUGAGUAAUACAGUUGUACAAUCUUAUGAAAGUACUCUACCUAUUUGGAGUUGUGUAUGGAAUACUGAUAAUAAGUCAUAUUUUUAUGCUGGUCUACAGAACGGUACAGUAUUAGAGUUUGAUACAAGGAAUACAUCCGAAGCUGUACAAGAGAUAAAUAAAGAAGGCAGUAAAUCACCAGUUGUAGCUUUACAAUAUAUACCUAAAGAUGAUACAGCUGACUUUAAGCAUGAAGGAUUAUUGGUAGGUCAGUUAGACAGAACAAGUUUUUAUGAGAAAAAGACAGACAAUGAAAUGAGACUUCAUCUUCUGCCACUGGAUGGUAGUUUAACAAGUUUAUGUUUUGAACGUUCAACACGUCAACUGCUGGCCAGUUUUAGACCGUCUGCUAAAUAUCCAUAUGCUAGACAUCAGAUCUGUAGGAUGACAACAGGAAGUGAUUUAAGUGAAUCCCAAUCAAUGGAUGAUAUAUGUUCAUGUACUCCAGUUCAUACAUUUAAAGGUAGUAAAACACAAGCUGUAUUAUCUAGAUCAACUUUAUUUCCUACUGGUGAUGAUGCUGAUAGAUUAAUAGUCUGUGGUGGAGAUGAACCAUCUUCAAUGGUGUAUACAUGGGAUAGUAUAAGUGGUAAACAGUUACAGAGAAUAUCAAGUGGUGGAGUACCAGUAGAUAUAACAUCAAUCCAACUUAAUGAUAGAAAAUAUCUAGCUGCUUUAACUGAUAAACAUGUUAAAAUAUUUAAAUGGCAAUAAUUACAUUAAAUACUCCCAAUAACAAUUUCAGUGUGCCUGACAUUCCUAUAUGCUUCUCCAGAUUAUGGCAGUAUGAUGUUUUGAAAGGAUUUGUAGAGUGUUAAAAUACAGAUGUGACAUCAUCCUUCGAUGUUCGCGUAUCAUUAUUUCAAAUAAUGUACAAGGCACAGACAACGUUUCAAUCAUAAAUUAUUGAAAUGGAUGUGCCAGAUAAUGUCUGUACUGUAAAUUGUUUAAUAAUCUUAUGCAAGACAUUGUGUAAUAUAUGGAUCAACACUCGGGCUGAUGUCCUCGUGCAGUAUCAAUUUAUUACUUAUUGAUUCGCACUAGACCAUUAAACUAAUGCAUAAAUCUGCACAAGCAGUAAGUUUAGCCACUAAGUGGCUCAAUGACUAUGACAGUAAAUUAAAGAAAACUGUUUUGAGACCAUUUCAAAAGUGGAACCAUGUGAUACUGCAUCUAAACAUGCAGUCAGUUCAGCAGACGUGCACAUUAAACCAGCCAAUAGAAGGUUAUAGAAGUGACCCAAUAAACAUUUCUUGUAAAGCUGUGGUUAAAUAGGGAAACUUGAAACCACUUCACAUUUCAUUACCAAUAGUUAAGUGGAUAUAGCACUACUCAAGUUUAAUUGUUAGCAUGUUUGUAAUAUUUUGCAUUUUUAUGUAUUCAUAAAACACAAAAAAAAAAUGUUUUUAAGAUAGUACUUGAAAGAUUAUUUUUGUAGUUUUAUUUAACUGUGUAUUUCUAUAUGAAAAUAUGUACAUAAAUAUAUAUCUAAAUAA